AUGAGGACGAAGGGAGCAGCGCUUGCUACUGGGACAAAUUGGAUCACAAACUUCAUCGUCGUGGAAAUUACUCCUAUCGGCAUCCAGAAUCUUGGCUGGCGCUUCUGGAUUGUAUGGACUGUUACGAAUGCCUUGUUCCUGCCAGUUAUUUACUUUCUAUACCCUGAAACAUGCAAGUUCAGCGCUUCAAGUAACAUGAGCAAAGCUUACCUAUUCCCAGCGAACAGAAAACUUGAGGAUAUGGAUGACUACUUCCGAGAAAACCCCUCCGUGAUGGUCAUCAGAGAUAACGAUGCGAUCGCUACCAAGAGACCUGAGAAGUACAUUCAACGGGAGCAGGAGGACAUCCAGAGGGAAGAGGCUAAGGACGGAAGUCCGGUUGUAGGAGUUGGUCAUGAGGAGAAGGGUCUCAGGGAGCAAGGAAACUUCUGA